AAUGGAAAAAACCUUCUACAUCAACUCAUCCAAAUAUUUAUUGUACAAUUGAUUUAUUGCAUCAAGAACAGUCACUUGGUGCAUUCAAUAGUGUUCGAGACCAUAUGGGUGCACCACAGCCAAAACGACGUCGUAAUCAACAAAUAGCUGAAAAUUCUCUCCAAAAACUAUGGCAAAGAUUUUGUGAACAAAAACUAGAUAUGGUUUCAUUUUUAAAUGCUGCAGGAACUAGAUAUUUCAAAUAUUUAGAGGGAUAG